AUGGCAAACCCCCAACGAGUUCCUGGGGAGCUUAUUUGGCUGAGAGAAGCAGAACUAGGAGGAAAUUGUACUAGCGAACAACAAGAGAAGUGGCUUAAACUCCUUGAUGGACUAUUUAAGGUUCCAAACAUUUCUGCAUUUUCUGUUGCUGCCCUCAACAGUUUAUAUAUCGCUCUGGGCAACCCGCCUCUUAUUGGAUGGCUUCCAAUUGGUGGAGACCCCUGUGGGUUAGCUUGGCAGGGAGUUCAAUGCGUAAACACCAACGUUACUGGAAUUGAUCUGAAUGGUGUAAAUUUGGGAGGCCAACUAAGUAAUGACUUGGGCAGCUUGUCUUCAAUAAUAUUCAUAGAUAUGAGUAACAACCAAAUUGGAGGAAGCAUACCCAGUAGUUUGCCUCCUACUAUCCGCACUUUGUCACUGUCAGAUAACCAGCUCACUGGAAAUAUUCCAGAUGCUAUAUCCUCUUUGGGUCAGCUUGAAGACUUGAAUCUGCAAAACAACCAUUUGAAUGGUCCAAUUCCAGAUGCCUUCCAGUUACUUCAUGGCUUAACCACUAUGAAUUUGUCAGGGAACGCUUUAAAUGGUCAGCUGCCUCCUUCGAUGGGAAAUUUGACUUCUCUAGCAAGGCUGCACUUGGAGAACAAUCUGCUUUCUGGAAUUCUUGAUGUUCUAGAAGAUCUACCCUUGGCUGAACUGAAUAUUGAGAAUAACCUAUUCUCUGGUCCUAUACCUGAUAAGUUGCUGGAUAUACCAGACUUCCGCAAAGAUGGGAACCCCUUCAACACCUCUGUUCUUCCGUCUCCUCCUGGUCCUUCCCCUUCACCAUCUCCAUCACCAUCAGCGGCGCUUCCUCCUGAAAUAGCCCCUGGACCUGGAGCAACUGGACCAUCAAUUUACCAGCCGCCACCUCUACCAGGAAAUGGGGGAAAUACUAAAAAACCGAAAGCAUCUAAGGGCAUAACAUGGGUUACUGUUGCUGGAAUUCUUGCAAUUGCAGUGCUAGCCUUUGUUCUAUGUUUUUUCGUGUCACGAUACUGCUGCAAACGAAGGCGAGGGGAUGAUAAAAUCACCAAGAGACAUGAAAUAGAUGCGUAUAGUGGCCCCAGGGCAACUUUUAACAGUGGCAGUUCCUUUCAAAAGCCUAAUUAUCAAUCCGAGCCAGUGAGAAAAGAUACAGUUAUGAAGCCAGAAACAAAGAGUGUCUGGGACCUGGAAAGAAACAAUAUGGUGACAAAUUUAGUGGAGGCUAAGCAGGAGAUGGAUGCCAAAAGAAAUAAAUCUUAUCCAAAACUGGAGGAUCACAAAAUUGACAUGACGGGGAUGGGUUCUAGUAUUUUAGCACCUCCACCACCUCCUUUUCCACUUCUGCCUUCUGGAAUGGUUACUUCAGAUCCAAUGGUGCCAUUGAUGUCUCCAAGCAGAAGUCCUUUAAAUCUUUCUAAAUAUGUCAAGACAUUUACCAUUGCAUCUCUUCAGCAGUAUACAGAUAGCUUCUCUCAGGAAAAUCUUAUUGGAAAAGGCAUGUUGGGCACUGUCUACAAAGCUGAGCUUCCUACUGGAAAGACACUUGCUGUCAAGAAACUUGAUAUUGAGGCAACUAAGUAUCAGAGUGAUCGGGAAUUUUUGGAGCUAGUGUCCAGCAUUGCCAAGCUUAAACAUGAGAACAUCAUUCAGCUGGUGGGGUACUGUGUGGAGCACAGACAAAGGAUACUUGUAUACGAGUACUGUGAAAAUGGGACACUUCAUGAAGCACUACACUUGGAUGAUGAUUUACAUAGAAUACUUUCAUGGAAUACUCGCAUUCGUUUGGCCCUUCAAGCUGCCAAGGCCCUGGAGUAUCUGCAUGAAACAAAUCAGCAGCCCAUUGUCCACCGAAACUUCAAGUCUUCUAAUAUUCUUCUAGAUGAUGAGCUUUCUGUUUAUGUUGCUGAUUCUGGCUUGGCCCCGCUGCUGUCAUCUAACUCAAUGUCUCAGCUUCAAAGUUGUGGUUACGGUGGCCCUGAACUUGAAUUGGGAAACUAUACAUACAAAAGUGAUGUUUACAGUUUUGGAGUGGUAAUGCUGGAGCUUCUCACUGGGAAAAAACCUUAUGACAGUUCUCGUCCACGGGGGGAGCAAUUUCUGGUUAGGUGGGCAAUACCCCGGCUUCAUGAUAUAGAUGCAUUGUCAAGAAUGGUUGACCCUUCUCUAAAAGGCGCUUAUUCAACAAAGUCAUUAUCUCGUUUUGCUGAUAUAAUUUCUAUGUGUAUUCAGCCGGAGCCAGAAUUCAGACCUUCUGUGUCGGAAAUUGUGGAGAACCUCGUACAUAUGUUACAAAGGGAUCGUUGA